CGCGGUUGUUGGUGUCGAGCGUGUCGGUGUUGGUGUACCGCGUGGGUGUCCCGCUCCGAGGUCGAGGCCGCCGUUUCUGCUGACCGGACCUGCACACGGGCAACGACGACGGCCAUCACCAUCGCCAGCUCCUGGUGUCGGCGGCCUUGAAACAACGGAUCCGUGUUAUCAUUAUGCCACGCUGUCUCAUGGCGAAGAAGUGGAAGUGGAAUCAGUGGCAGGCACGCGUGGACGAUCAGCAGAACGAGCAGAAGGACGCGACGCCACUCGGUGCCGCCCUGCAGGAACAACAACAGGCGCAACAUCACGCUCUACACCACACCGCGGAUGCGAUGGAGAAACGGCCGCACGGCAGGCAUGAACCCGAGGACGAGGAAAUCGACGUGGUCGGAGAUGUCGAUAAUCAUCAGGUCGAUCAUCAGCAGACCUGCUGGGGACCGCACAGUCCCACGGCGGGGGCUACGGCCCCCAGUCCACCACCCCUCAACGCCUCCGGCGCUCUUUACUAUCACGGUUACACGCACGAGACGUGGAUUAAUCACGAGGAGCCGCCAAAGUACGCCACGUUACGCUCCGCGGCGGAGUUAGCGCGUCCGAUAAUACCAUCACCACCGCCUCCAGUCGCGCAGCAAGAUUUACCAAUUUCGGUGCUGACUGGACCGGGUCUGCAUCAAACGCCGUCGCAUCAGGCGACGGUCAUCGCUACAAAUCCAUCAUCGUCGUCAUCAUCAUCAUCAUCAUCAUCAUCGUCCUCAUCUUCAACGUCAUCGUCUGCCGCAGCAUCGCUAUGCCUGCCGCCGCGAAAGAGCCUCUCGAUGUCCUUCACCAGCACUGGGACUGCGCUCUCCUUACCGCCGAAAAAGAAGGACAUCUACCGUCCUUACAGCCUACAAUCGAUCUCGGAGAUACGCACGUCCGCCGAGGAGGAUCUAUCGGCCGCGCAGGCCAUUCUAGAUCUCAGCGCGUCGCCCGCCGCACCCACGCAUUCCGUUUUUAUUCACACCCUGUCGCCACCACCGCCACCGCCGCCGCCACCACCACCACCACCACCACCUCCAGCCGCCGCUGCCGUUGCCGCUGUUGCUGCAGCGCCGAAUGUGCCCGCGUCGCAGCAGCAGCAGCAGCAGCAGCAACAAGAACAACAGGAACAACAGGAACAGCAGCAGCCACCACCACAGUUACAACCAACGACCGGUAUACAGUCUAUACCGGUCUCCGUGCUCGUGCCGGUACCUAGCUCGCAGACCAAUCAGCUACGCCAACAGGAGCAAACGCCACCGCAACCGCAGUCGCCUGCGACCGCGGAAGCCACCGGCGGAAACUGCAACGUCGGCAGGGACAGCACCACCGGCAGCAGCAAGACUGUCGCUUACACCUACGAGGCCUUCUUCGUGUCCGACGGCCGAUCGAAACGACGCGGCGGUAACGGCAAUGGUGCCGCCGUGCCCGAUAAAGAGGCCGCCCAGCCGGACAGGCCGAAAUUCACGUGCACCGAGUGCGGCAAGCAAUACGCCACGUCGUCGAACCUGUCGCGGCACAAGCAGACGCAUCGCAGUCUCGAUUCCCAAUCGGCCAAAAAGUGCAUUCACUGCGGCAAGGCGUACGUCAGUAUGCCCGCCCUGGCGAUGCACGUGCUCACGCACAAGCUCGCCCACAGUUGCGGCGUCUGCGGCAAGAUGUUCUCGCGACCUUGGCUACUGCAGGGUCACCUGCGCAGCCACACCGGCGAGAAGCCGUACGGAUGCGCUCACUGCGGCAAGGCGUUCGCCGAUCGCUCGAAUCUAAGGGCGCACAUGCAGACGCACUCGGCUGACAAGAACUACGAGUGCUCGAGGUGCCACAAGACCUUCGCCCUCAAGUCCUAUUUGAACAAACACCUAGAAUCGGCGUGCCUGCGCGACGAGGGGAUGCAGCAGCAACAGCAGCAGCAGCAGCAGCAGCCGCCGCAACAUGCCGGUAACAACGCCACGCAGCAACAGAACACCAAUCGAGGCUUGUAGCAGCGCUUCGAGAAGGAGAGCAACGACGCCACGACGAUCGAAGGCUCGAGAGAGAGCUAGCGGUGCCCUAUAAUCGCCGCUUGAUCGCGAAGAGGCGCGAGGGUACGAAGAGCAGAGGAGAGGAUAUAAGGUUUGCCCGUAGAUUUUAAGUAGAAAAGUGCCAGUAGAGACAGAAAUGAGAGAGAGAGAGAGAGAGAGAGAGAGAGAAAGCGCGAAAGAGAGAAAGAAAGA